AUGAUCAUCGAUAGCAGGAGCAUGGAGUCCGUAGAGGAGGAGGCGCUGCUCGGAGAGGAGUCCGAGGAGUCCGAGGAGGAGAACAGUGAACUAUCAGACGAUGAGCUUCAAGAAGCCUUUGCAAAGGGCUUGUUGAAACCAGGGAUGAACAUCCUGGUGGAUAAACCCAAAAAGCUAGUCAACAAUGUGGAGGGUAUGAAACAGUGCCUUGCUGAGCUCCGUAAAGACCUGCCCUGGGUGGAGAGGUUGGACCUGACCAACCCGCCUGCUGAAGACGUCAUUUUCAAAGCUGAAGGGAAAGCUCCGGCUGCGACCAAUGGGGGCGUCAACGCGGAUGAUGAUUUCCAGAGGGAGAUGUUCUUCUACCGUCAAGCCCAAGCUACAGUCCUAGAGGCGCUGCCCCUCUUAAACAAACACGGCAUCUCUACCAAGAGGCCUGAUGAUUACUUUGCAGAGAUGGCAAAGUCAGACCAGCACAUGCAGAAGAUCAGGAAAAAGCUGAUCUCAAAGCAGAUGAUACUGGAGAAGUCAGAGAAGGCCAAGAAACUGCGUGAGCAAAGGAAGUUUGGCAAAAAGGUCCAAGUAGAAGUGAUCCAGAAGAGGCAGAAGGAGAAGAAAGCUAUGAUGACUGCUGUAAAGAAAUACCAGAAAGGAAUGACUGACAAACUGGAUUUCUUGGAGGGAGACAAGAAGACGGGUAAAGACUCUUCUCAGGGUCCCAAAAAAGCAGUGACCAAGAAAGGCUCCAAUGCCAAGAGGAAAUACAAAGACCAGAAGUUUGGCUUCGGAGGCAAGAAGAGUGGGAAGAAGUGGAACACCAAGGAGAGCUACAAUGAUGUUUCUGGUUUCCGCGCCAAAGUGGCUCAUGCAAAGAGCGGCAAAGGAGGAAAGAAAGGCAAAGGAGGAGGAGGAGGAGGAGGAGGGAAACAAAACAAACGACCGGGCAAGUCUGUACGCAAGAAGAUGAAGUCUCGCUCAUAAAAACUGACAGAGGCUGGACUUGGAUCUUGCUUCUAGGCGGGAUUUCCUACACCUGCUCCCUCGGUCUCUCCUUCAUGUACGUCAGGAGACAUUUUGGAGAACUUUUCUUCUGUACUUUUUGUACAGUAUGCCUUCUGUAAGAUGUGAUUGGAUUCAAGCCACAAAGAGAGAGACGCCCUGCCAUAUUGCUAAGGAAGCCAUUUGAAGGACAUGACUGGUGAAGAAAAGGCUCAGAGUAAACGACAGAGCGACCCAGACCACCAAGUUGUUUUCCAAAAAAAACAGAAUUUGAGUGUUACUUAAAUGGCUUUUGUUAUAGACCGGUUUUAUGGUCUGUGGACAACAGUUUCUCUAUAUGUACCUAUUUGGUAGGGUGAUUUUAAAGCCACUUUCUGUAAUUACACCACAGUAUCUCCUCCAGCCUCCCUGCCGUCUAAUAUACAGCGCCUGCUCCUGGUCGGUGCCUUUUUGUUUUAUUUUUUUCUAACUCAGUUUCUUGACACAUUGAUUCUCUCCCAUGUGGCAUGGCAUUUUAUAAUAUUGGACAGCUGUUCGUUUUGCCCUUUCCCAUUCAUUAAUAUGAUUAGUAUGUGAUGGGCAAGUGUUCCUUGUAUAGACCUGUGUGCAAAGGUUUCCCCUGCAACUGUUUUUCUUAGAUUGCUAAGGUGCAAAAGGGCAGCUUCUGACGACGACACCUGUAUGUUUGUAUGAUAAAUAAAAAUGUGAACAUUG